CGUCUUUUGGCAAGCCGACGCAGGCAGCUCUCUCUCUCCGACUCCGCGCUCCGACUUCAAAUUUCCUGCUCGCACUCUCUUCUUCUUCAGCUUCUCUUCCCCAUCGGUCUCUGCUAUGUCGCUUCUUACUGCGGCUACUGCUAAAGCCGCUCCGGCUGGCCCAUUCCCCAGCCGGGAAAGAUCCCCGACGGGGCAAAACGGCGGCCGGAAGUCGCCCAACCUCACGGUGAGGAUGCAGCAGACAACUCGGGUCCAGCGGCUGAUAGAGGAGCAGGGGAUAGUGCUGAUGCCCGGCUGCUACGACGCUCUCUCCGCCGCGAUUGUCCAGAAGGUCGGGUUCAGUGCCGGCUUCAUCUCCGGCUACGCCCUCUCCGCCUCCCUCCUCGGCAAACCCGACUUCGGAUUGCUCACGCCACCAGAAAUGGCAGCAGCUGCGAGGUCUGUGUGCGCUGCAGCACCGUUGAUACCGAUUAUUGCCGAUGCCGAUACCGGGGGUGGCAAUGCUCUCAAUGUGCGAAGGACUGUCAAGGACUUGAUUGCCGCAGGAGCUGCUGGUUGCUUUCUUGAGGAUCAAGCAUGGCCAAAGAAGUGUGGGCACAUGCGCGGGAAACAGGUCAUUCCUGCUGAGGAGCAUGCUGCGAAGAUAGCAUCUGCAAGGGAUGCUAUUGGGGACUCUGACUUCUUCCUAGUGGCCAGGACGGAUGCACGUGCCACAUCAGCAAAGACGGGUCUCUCAGAUGCCAUUGCAAGGGCAAAUCUUUACAUGGAGGCUGGAGCUGAUGCGUGCUUUGUGGAGGCACCAAGGGAUGAUGACGAGCUGAAGGAGAUAGGUCGGUGGACGAAAGGCUAUAGAGUCUGCAACAUGAUCGAAGGUGGGGUCACGCCGUUGCAUACUCCCGAGGAGCUAAGAGCAAUGGGGUUUCACUUGAUUGUGCACCCAUUGACGGCCCUUUAUGCCUCAGCCCAUGCUCUGCUCGACGUUCUUAGGACUCUGAAGGAGAAGGGAACCACCCGAGAUGAGGAUGACCUUAAGAAGAUGGCUACAUUUGAGGAGUUUAAUCAGCUUGUGAGCUUGGAGUCUUGGUUCGAGCUGGAGGCAAGGUACUCAAAUCUGAGAAAUGCUGUAACAGUGAAAUCUCGAUGAGGUGCGAUUUGUUAACUCAUUGAGAUGUGCUUUUGUUUUUUUACUUUGUUUCUUGUAGAUGUUCAUAUUAGGAAAUAUUUCCUCGAAUGAAAGAACAAUUUUAAUUGUUUUCCUAGGAGCUUUAUCCAGUAAGUACGUUGAUGCAUUGCCCACCACGGACUAUUGUUCAUUUCAUCUGCCUUUCUGAAUUUCAUAAUCAGAUGGGUUUCUCUA